CCCGACCUAGGGAAGACAGUCAGGUUGAACUCCGACGACGAUCACCGCCACUCCUACUCCUCUGAAUCCCAUGCGCAUUGUCCGACUUCUGCUGGCUUCCAUCGUUUGGCGGUGAGAUAGCUCGACGGCGGAGAUCCCCUGAGGAGAGGAGUUUGCGGCGGAGACGACGGGCGGAGGAAGAGACUGAGAAAGCCAAUCUAGUCUCUAUAGCAAGUGGAGCCGGAGGGGGAGCAUACUAUAUGGGCGAAUAUCUGUUCACGGGAGAGAAAGCUAAAAGGGGGAAAAAGUUCUGAAAUAGCACCGGCUCCAGUAGAAAUUUCUCGAUUUCGAAAUGUAUCGAAGCCCUGGGUAGUAAAAAAAAGCGGAAUACUGUAUUUCCAGGAUUGGAUUUCAUAUUCGAAUGAGAUGGGGGAUAUGUGGAAUGAUGAUGGGAUGUCAUAAUAGUCGUUGAGAAUCAUAUGUGGGUGUGGUACGUGAACUGCAGGUUUUUCCCGACGGCAGGCCUUUUUUCCCCCGCCGAUGGCGUCAACGGCUAUGCUCGCGAACUGCGGAUAGAAGUGGUCAUCGUGGGGUCGAAGUCCAAGUCGCAAAUCGUGUGGGCGGGGAUGAUCUCGGAAAUCCCCAACUGUUUCGUCAUCUCCGGCGCGGUCGUUGUGGGGAGCCUUUGAAGCUGUAGUGACUUCCUCGGACGCGGUGCGGCGCCGGCUGGACGGUGGGGAAGAUGAAGAAGAAGCCGCCGCGGGUGUUUAGAUAAGGAGGCAGCAUAUAGAUCUAGGGUUUGGUUGGAGUUUUGGGAUAAGAGGGGAUUUCUUUAAUUUGUUAAUUUUGAAUUUUAAUUGAAUUAUAAAAUUAAAAUAAUAUUAUUUAAUGAUGUGGCAUGCCACAUCAGCUGGUUUUUUCUGAAUCACUUACGGAAUAGUGUUUGACCGUCAAUAUUAACAGUCAAAGAAAAUUUCGGGCCAAGUUUGUCCAUUAAUUUCAAAAGUAGGCCAUAAACGUCUUAUUUGAAA